UAUUCAUUACUCACAAAAACACACACACACUGUAAUUCAUCAUGGAAACACCACUAAAUAAACACAUAAUCAUGCUACCAAUGAUGGCACAAGGCCAUCUAAUUCCCUUCUUAGAGUUGGCCCAUCAACUCAUUAACAAAAACUCAAGUUUCACCAUCACCAUAGUUAACAGCCCUCUUAACAUCAACUAUCUUCAUACUGCCAUAGCGAACCACCCUUCUUUGCCAUCCCAAAUCCACUUACAACCCCUCGAAUUCAACAGUUCUAACCAUGGACUCCCGCCAAACUCGGAAAACACCGAGGGCUUGUCCUUGGCCCAAGUCAUUAAACUCUUUCAUGCAGGAGCUUCCCUUGAAGCCCCACUACGUCAGUUUAUAAAUGACGUAGUGGCUAAUGAAGGGCGGCCGCCUGUAUGUAUUAUAUCGGAUGUGUUUAUGGGUUGGGCUAACGAGGUUGCAAAAUCUUUUGGUAUCUUUAAUUAUUCAUUUACUACGGGUGGUGCUUAUGGCACCGCCGCGUAUAGUUCUAUUUGGUUGAAUCUACCACACCGGAACCUGGUCACGGGUGAAACCCAUGAUGAGUUUCCAGUGCCAGGAUUUCCAGAUUCGUGUAGGUUUUCAAUCAAUCUACUUCAUCAGUUUAUUAAAGUUGCUGAUGGAAAUGAUGAAUGGUCAAGGUUUUUCCAACCUCAACUUUCAAAAUCAUUACAAUCUAGUGGUUGGUUGUGCAAUACAAUUGAAGAGAUAGAACCAUUGGGAUUAGAGGUUUUGAAAAAUUACAUAAAACUCCCUGUUUGGUGUAUAGGCCCCCUUGUCCCAUCAAAAAUGUUAAAGAAGAAUACAGCUUCAGGUCUUAUUGGUCUACGAGCUGGAAAAGAGCCUAGUAUCCGGGCUGAAAAAUGCAUUGAGUGGUUAGACAUGCACCCUGAAAGGUCGGUGCUUUAUAUUUCAUUUGGGUCUCAGAACACAAUAAGCGAGACCCAAAUGAUGGAAUUAGCAGAAGGGUUGGAAGAAAGUGGAAAGCCAUUUAUUUGGGUGAUUAGGCCACCAAUCGGGUUUGAUCUCAAAGGCGAGUUCAAACCCGAAUGGUUGCCUUCUGGUUUUGAGGAUAGAGUUGGAAAACAAGGAUUGAUGGUGCAUAACUGGGCGCCUCAAUUAGAAAUAUUAUGUCAUAGGUCAACCGGUGCGUUUUUAACUCAUUGUGGGUGGAAUUCAGUGAUGGAGAGUUUGAGCCAAGGGGUACCAAUGAUUGGUUGGCCACUGGCGGCCGAACAAGGGUAUAAUGCAAAAAUGUUGGUCGAGGAGAUGGGUGUGUGCAUUGUGUUAACGAGAGGCGUGCAUACCAAGAUCGACAAAAAGGAGGUGAGGAAGGUGAUCGAUGUAGUGUUGGAUGAAACUCAAGACGGAAAAGGCGAAAAUAUGAGAAGAAAAGCAAGUGAAUUAGGGGAAUUGAUAAGAGCAAGUGUAGAAAUCGACAAAGGUUCUUCAUACAAAGCUAUGGAUGAUUUUGUGUCUAUUAUUCUUUCUUAAUCUUAAUCAUAGCUUUUAAAUAUACAUUGUGAACUAUGUUCAACCUUGUGUCGUAGUGCAAUAUCAGUGAUCGACUUUCCACUGAUGAGUCAA